CUCCAAGCAAGAAUAAUUUUGUUUAAAUCUGAAAUGUUUGUCAAUCGACAUCCAGGUUAUAAUAUAAGCUCCGUUGCAUCGGUGCAAUUCGGUGCAGUUUGCAAAAUAUUCCUUCGUGGAAGCACGUCGAUUUAUUCGUUUCAUAAUUAAACUUAGCCGCGAUGAAGAGGUUCGUGGUUCUUGUUUGCGUUCUUAUCAGCGCAACGACACAAGCACUCGAGGUAGAAAUAAUCUCAAGAGUAAUGAACGUGCCAGUAAACGAUUUAGCAGAAUGCUUGCAGAAGAAUAGAUUAACCACUGAGGACAUAGAAGAUUUGGAAAAUAUAUUCGAUGAUCAAAAUGCAUCUUUAUCAGAAUACUCUUCUAACUUUGGUUGCUUUGUUACCUGUGUUUUUGAGAAAUCGCACAUAAUUGAAAAUAACCAGAUUCAAUUGAAUUCGUUAAUUGAAUUAGCCAAACGUAAUAAGUUCCCUUUGAGCGAGGCGAUGAAGCAGAAAUUGAGGGACUGCAUCGAUGAAGCGGAACAAGAAGAUGACGAGUGCAAAAUUGGUCUCACUUUUUCCUCCUGUUUAAUACACAAACUUCGACAAUAAAAUUAUUGUGACACUAUAAACAAACAGGAUUCUUUUCUUUACAAAUAUAAGAAUAUUCUGAUUGUAAAAAUGCA